UCAAACUCUUUGUCUGGGUGGGAUCUCCCCCAGCCAGCUGGGCAGAGAGAGGGCUUCCCCAGCCGCGGGGAGCAGGAGCAGAACAAGAUCAGCAGCGGCCCUCGGCUGGAGAGGUCAGUGAGAGUUGAAAAUGCACGAGCUGGUUCAAAGCACAGACUCAGAAGCAAGACUGCCUGGGUUUGAAUCUUGGCUCUCCCCUAUGCCAAAUAACCUCUGUGCCUCCCCGACCUCACCUAAAAAAAUGGGGAUAAAACUAGCGUCACCUCAGGGUGGUGAGGAUUAGAUGAAAUGACAUAUAAAAAGCACUUGGCCUGCCUUUGGUAAGUGCCCAGUAAGUAUUAGCUGUUACUAUGCGAUUAGGUGUGUGAGUGUGCUUGAACAGAUGUGUGCGCAUGUGUGUACACAAGGGUUUGUCCAGGCCUCCAAGACAAAGGUGGCUUGCUGGCCAGCCCUCCUGUUCUGUGUCUGCCUCUCAUACCUUUUCCCCUGCAGGCCCAGGUGGGUGGCAGAGCAAAGGAGGAAUGGACUGUGGGCCACCUGCCACCCUCCAGUCCCACCUGGCUGGGCCACGUGGCACUGACCGCCGCCCAGUAGCUGUGUGCCAGCAGGAGAGUCUGUCCUUUGCAGAGCUGCCCACCCUGCAGCCCCCGAGCCCUGUGUGUCUGGAUCUCUUCCCUGUUGCCCCAGAGGAGCUUCGGGCUCCCGGCAGCCGCUGGUCCCUGGGGACCCCUGCUCCUCUCCAAGGGCUGCCAUGGCCACCAUCCCCGGAAGUCCCAGACACCGAGAUCUCCACCAGUGGGGGGCUGCGGCCCAGCAGAGCUGGCAGCUGGCCACACUGUCCUAGUGCCCAGCCCCAAGCUCUGGAGGGACCCUGGAGUCCCCAGCACCCACAGCCACAGCGCCGGGCCAGUCAUGGUUCGGAGAAGAAAUCUGCAUGGCGCAAGAUGCGGGUCUAUCAGCGUGAAGAGCUCCCUGGCAGCCCUGGAGCCCAUGCUGUCUUCCUCGAGCCUGGCCAGGCAGCAGAGCAAACCCUGAGCACAGAGGAGCCUAGGCCACCGGAGCUGUCCCUACCCUCCAGGGUAGGCCUGGAGGGGCCUGAGCGCAGGCGCUUCUCAGCCUCCGAGUUGAUGACCCGCCUGCACUCUUCCCUGCGUCUGGGGCGGAAUUCAGCAGCCAGGGUGCUGACCCCAGGGUCAGGCACUGGCGCAGCUCGGGAAGGAAGAUCAUCUGGAAGGGAGUCGCGCAGUGUAGAGAUGAGGGUGGACGGUUUGGUGAUGCCAGCCCCUAUUGACCCGAGCGGGUGCCAUAGCGGCUGGCCCGAGCCCAGGCUGGACACGCCGGAAGAGCUGGCUCUGGGGUCCAGGAGCUCCAGCGAGCGGCGCCAGUCACGGUUUCUCCUUAACACGGUCCUCUACCAGGAAUACAGCGACGUGGCCAGCGCCCGCGAACUGCGGCGGCAGCAGCGCGAGGAGGAGGGCCCGGGGGACGAGGCGGAGGGCGCGGAGGAGGGGCCCGGGCCGCCGCGCGCCAACCUCUCCCCGAGCAGCUCCUUCCGGGCGCAGCGCUCGGCGCGAGGCUCCACCUUCUCGCUGUGGCAGGACAUCCCCGACGUGCGCGGCAGCGGCGUCCUGGCCACGCUGAGCCUGCGCGACUGCAAACUGCAGGAGGCCAAAUUUGAGCUGAUCACGUCCGAGGCGUCCUACAUCCACAGCUUGUCGGUGGCCGUGGGCCACUUCUUAGGAUCUGCUGAACUGAGCGAAUGUCUGGGGGUGCAGGACAAGCAAUGGCUGUUCUCCAAACUACCCGAAGUCAAGAGCACGAGCGAGAGGUUUCUGCAGGACCUGGAGCAGCGGCUGGAGGCAGAUGUCCUGCGUUUCAGUGUGUGUGACAUUGUGCUGCACCACUGUCCAGCCUUCCGCCGAGUGUACCUGCCCUAUGUCACCAACCAGGCCUACCAGGAGCGCACCUACCAGCGCUUGCUCCUGGAGAACCCCAAGUUCCCUGGCAUCCUGGCUCGCCUGGAGGAGUCUCCCGUAUGCCAACGUCUGCCCCUCACCUCCUUCCUUAUCUUGCCAUUUCAGAGGAUCACCCGCCUCAAGAUGCUGGUCGAGAACAUCCUGAAACGGACAGCACAGGGCUCGGAAGAUGAAGACAUGGCCACCAGAGCCUUCAAUGCACUCAAGGAGCUGGUGCAAGAGUGCAAUGCCAGCGUGCAGUCCAUGAAGAGGACAGAGGAGCUCAUCCAUCUGAGCAAGAAGAUCCACUUUGAGGGCAAGAUCUUCCCACUGAUCUCACAAGCCCGCUGGCUGGUUCGGCAUGGGGAACUAGUGGAACUGGCACCACUGCCUGCAGCGCCACCCGCCAAGCUGAAGCUGUCCAGCAAGGCAGUCUACCUGCACCUUUUCAAUGACUGCUUGCUGCUCUCCCGGCGGAAGGAGCUAGGGAAGUUCGCCGUGUUCGUCCACGCCAGGAUGGCCGAGCUCCAGGUGAAGGACCUGAGCCGGAAGCUGCAAGGCGUCCCCGGCCACGUGUUCCUCCUCCAGCUUCUCCAUGGGCCCCACGCGAAGCACCAGUUCCUGCUGAGGGCCCGGACGGAAAGUGAGAAGCAGCGAUGGAUCUCAGCCCUGUGUCCCUCCAGCUCCCAGGAGGAUAAAGAGUUCUUCAGCGAGGGCCAAGACCGCCCCCAGGUUCAGUGCGUCAGGACGUACAAGGCUUUGCAGCCAGACGAGCUGACUCUGGAGAAGACGGACAUCCUGGCCGUGAGGACCCAAACCAGUGACGGCUGGCUGGAAGGGGUCCGCCUGGCAGAUGGUGAGAAGGGGUGGGUGCCCCAGGCCUAUGUGGAGGAGAUCAGCAGCCUCAGUGCCCGCCUUCGAAACCUCCGAGAGAAUAAGCGGAUCACAAGUGCGCCCAGCAAACUGGGGGAGCCCCCUGCCUGAUGGGUGGGAUGCCAGCUCCGUGCCCAGCUCCUGGACAGGUCUGCAGGGACCUCUGGUGUCGCAUGCCCCAGGCCGCUGCUGGUGUUCCAUGGCCUGGCGUCCGGAGUGCAGCCCGUCCUCAUGCUCCUCCCAGUCCACUUCAGGGCCGACUCCAGUUUCUUCCUCUGGCAUAGGGACUGCACAGGUGACCUGUGAUAUCUGGCAAGGACUGGGGCUCACUCCCUUCAUGCUGCCUGACUCUUGGUCCCUCUGGCAGGGACCCAGCUGGGGACAGCUCUGGUGCUGACGGGUGCUGGGACGUAUAUAUAGAGAGAUGUAUAUAUAUCUGGGGUCUUCUGGCCAGAGCCUGCAUGGGCCCUGGCGGCUGUGACUUUUCUGUAAAUAAACUCCCAUGAUGCCUUGGC